AGUUGUAGAUUCGUAUUUCCACUAACUCAAAUGACAGAUGCGCAGGUCUUGGAUCAACAUCACCGUCAGUAUCAACCUCAGAAUCACAAAACUUCCUCAUAAAUCCAUCUCAAAAAACACUUCUUCACUUCCACAUACAGCUAUCAUCGCAGUUCUGCUCAAAUAAAGACACCCGGUGCCCCACGAGUGUGUUUUAAACCGCGUUGGCACGCAAUGGUAUGGAUUACAGCCCAACAACAGAUUAUCCUCUGUACACUGAUGACAACUUCAGCGAUUUUAUUGAGCCAUGUGAAGCCAGCAAAGAGCAAAAGCAGAUCACGACCGUGAUCCUGACCACAAUCUACCUCAUUGUUUUCUUCUUAGGCAUAGUUGGAAACGUGCUGGUCAUUGCCACCUUUGCGCUGUACCGCCGUCUUCGUCUGCGCUGCAUGACCGACGUGUUUCUCUUCUACCUGGCCCUGUCUGACUUGCUCCUUCUGCUGACUUUGCCAUUGCAGACGGCCGAGACUCUAAACGACAUUUGGGUGUUCGGCGAGGGGCUCUGUAAGAUAAACCGCAGCAUGUACGCUAUCAACACCUACAGCGGCCUGCUGCUUUUGGCGUGCAUUAGCGUUGAUCGUUAUUUGGUGGUGGUCCACACGAGGGCCGUGCGAAAGCUGAAUUCUGGGACGCUGUACUAUAGCACACUGUCUGCCACCGGGGUGGCGCUGACCUCUGUCAUUUUAAGCCUGCCAGAGCUAUGCUUCUCUUCUGAAAUCACAGAGAUGGGUACUAAUAAAACAUUAUGCAGCAUGGACGUGUGGGCGGAAGAUGUGAGUAAAUGGAAGUUAUGGGCCAAAAUAGCAAAGAUCGCAGGGUUUUGCAUUCCAUGCGUGGCAAUGGUUUUGUGCUAUAGCGCUAUAGGCCGCGUGUUGCUCCGUGCAGGUGGGAAAUGCUGGCGUAGACAGAGGACUCUGCGUCUCAUGGCGUUGCUUGUUGUCCUGUUCCUGCUGUUUCAGUUGCCUUACACUGCGGUACUUCUGAUCAGAAUGUCCACACCCAAACCAACAUGUGACCAGUGGAACAGGGUCAACCUUGAAGAAGAGAUCACACGCGCCCUGGCGUAUGUGCGUUGCUGUCUCAACCCCUUGCUCUACGCUCUGGUGGGUGUAAGGUUUAGAAAUGACAUCAUAAGGUUGUUGACUGACACCGGGUGCAUGUGCCUGUCUUAUCUAACACCACAGCAUCACAACGGAAGCUCCGUCACGCCCUCCUCCCCUGCCCCGACCCUUCUGUCGCCUCAACCGUCCACCUACACAAUCACACCAACCGCAAGAGAAGAAAACACAGCCCAGACCUUCAUUUUUCCAGCGCCCAGGUCUGAUAAAAUGAAUUUGGUCAAGUCUUGGUGCCAUAGUGAUCAAUAAAAGGCUCUGAAAUAAAACAAUACUUUGUUCGCUUAAAAAAAAUGCAUGGUUUUGCUUUAAAAAGUUUAUAAUCUUCGCUUUUUUUAAAUGCUUAUUCUACUUUCUAUUUUCAGUUGUUCAUUAGUAAAAAGUUGUAAAUAAUACAAUUGGAAACAUACUGUUGUUUUUUCCUA